AUGGGUGCCGAAUACAGUCAACCACCACGACUUUCAGGAUUAAGCAAUUUUCUAAACGAAGCAUAUAGCCGUGGAGGAACAGGUAAAUCCAGAGUACGUUGCUGGAAAUGUUCAGGUCAUGGAAGACUUUAUAUUGAUUAUGAAUGUACUAUAUGUCGAUGUCACGAUCAAACAAGUUGGUCGAAUUAUACAAAACACUGUUCAUGCAAUGGUUAUGGUCGUCAAACACAUACAGAACUAUGUGAUGACUGUCAUGGACGAGGUCAUCGAUAA